CGUUUAUGACCCUCGAAGCUCAGAAAUAGGAAGCCCUAGACUCGCUUCAGCCGGCAGCUUCCAUUUCCAAAAGAUAGCAUAUCUGUCUGCUGAAGAUGUCUGCGAGCGAACUUGCUUGCACCUAUGCUUCUCUGAUCCUUCACGAUGACGGCAUCGCAGUCACUGCGGAGAAGAUCGCUACACUGGUUAAGGCAGCGAAUGUGACAGUCGAGUCGUACUGGCCGAGUCUCUUUGCUAAGCUGAUGGAGAAGAGGAACAUUGGGGACCUCAUCAUGAACGUUGGGUCUGGUGGAGGUGGUGCCGCCGUCGCCGUCGCUGCUCCCGCAGGAGGCGGGGCUGCCGCCGCCGCCGCCGCCGCUGCUCCUGCUGUUGAGGAGAAAAAGGAAGAGCCCAAGGAAGAAAGUGAUGAUGACAUGGGAUUCAGCUUGUUUGAUUAGGAGCUUGUUUCAGUAUGUUUUGAUUCUUCUUUUUUUGCGAAAAAAAUGGACCAGCUUGAGUUUUAAUCCAUUAUUAGAACUUUCAUUUUAUAUUAAGAGGGUUUAUGUUUGUUGUAGUUUGUGUUUGACAUUAUGAUAUAUUUUCUGAUUAGUUUCAAUUUUGAAGUAGCUGAAUGUUUUGAAUUUCGUCA